AUGAGGUUGAAUACAUUCAUGGGCAGUGCCUUUACGGUAUUGUCAGGUGUCGCAAUGGGCCAAUCCGAUCAAAAAGGCACUUUCCAUCACUUCGCAACCCCAGACUUUGUACUGAUGCUGGAAGCAGAUUUCCCUAAUGCUUGGAAUAAAAAGUCUCCCAAGAGCGGCUUUGUUUGUUUAAAAGUUGACAACAGCACACCGGCAUUCGACGCGACAUGGAACUGGGAUAAGAAUAUCGCGGAUGUCCAUUCAUUUCCUUAUGUCCGCUUCAAUCACCCCGAUUUACCGAUGCGACUUAGCGACCUUGAGUCAAUUCGCCUCGCGACAAAAUGGAUGUAUACGCCAGGCAGUCCUAGCCAAAUAACGAGAGACUUCAGCCAGAAGAAGUGGCAGGAGAAUAAGGCUAAGCUGGGGAGUGAGGGUGUGCAGGCUAAUGCGGCCUGGGACUUCUUUCUUGACGAUGAUCGGAAUCGGACCCUUUAUCCGCAGGUUGCUGCUGUUGAGUUUAUGGUUUGGCUGGGACGAGUAGGUGAUCCUUGGUGGCUUGGGAGGCAGAAUGACUCAAUUUUGUCGACCGUGAAGCUCGGUGAGACUGAGUUUUCACUAUUUUACGGGCGCAACUCGGGUGGAACGCACGUCUUUACAGCCGUCACCAAAGACAAUGCCGACAUCUUGUCUUUCGACGAGGACUUCUACCCGCUCUUCAAGUAUAUCCUUGAACAGGCGCGUAAAAGCAUAGAUAACCCAGACGAUCUGCCGAAAGACGCUUGGUUAGGGAUUGUUGAGUUUGGAACAGAGACGUGGCUGUCAAAUGGCAACGUCACAUUCACUGCUGCCGACUUUUCAAUGAACCUAAAAGGCAACGCGACCAGCAGUGAUCGCAACUCAACGGGAGGGGGAGGAGGCGGUAAUAGCGGCGACAAUAGAGGAGGAGAUCAAGGGAACCGUAAUGGUGGUGGUAAUAAUGAUGGGGACGACUCGACCAGCAGUGGUGAUGAGGAGGAUGAUGCUAGAAGGUUGAUGAGCCGGUCUGUCCUGGGCUAUGUUGUCGCAGCAGCUCUGGUAAUCAGCGCCAUUCUAUCAUGA